AUGAAGCCCAUCGUGUCUGCUUUGAACGCAUGGUCGUGCGUUGUCAUCUCGUUCUUUGCCGUCAUCAUCCUCUCCGUCCUCGGAACGUUAUACCAGCACGAUCACCCUGGUUACACCGGCUCUGAAGGCGACCCGGAGAAUGGCCCUGCCGUUGCUGCCUCGAUUUUUACCGCCGUGAUUGUAUACGCCGCAUUCUUCGUCUUCUGUGCUUUCCAGGCCUACCUCCAUAUCCGAGCUAGCAGGGGUGGCGCCAUAUCGCUGAGCUAG